CUAGAGCAGGAAGCGGGACUUGAGUGUCAAUAUAUCUUGUGGUGACAAUGGCAAGUGCGGCUCCAACAUCUUCUACAUCUACAGAGAACUCAAGCACCGGAGGAACAAGUGGAAGCAGCAAUGGGGAAGGCAGCAACCAGGACAGCACAUUUGAGUGCAAUAUUUGUUUGGAUACAGCCAAGGAUGCAGUAAUCAGCCUCUGUGGCCACCUCUUCUGCUGGCCAUGUUUACACCAGUGGUUAGAAACUAGGCCAAAUCGUCAGGUGUGUCCAGUUUGCAAAGCAGGGAUAAGUCGGGAGAAAGUCAUUCCCCUAUAUGGGAGGGGAAGCACUGGUCAGGAAGAUCCCAGAGAGAAAACACCUCCACGGCCCCAGGGACAGAGACCAGAACCAGAAAACCGAGGGGGUUUUCAAGGCUUUGGCUUUGGAGAUGGGGGCUUUUAGAUGUCUUUUGGUAUUGGAGCAUUUCCUUUUGGAAUCUUUGCAACAGCAUUUAAUAUCAACGCUGGUCGCCCUCCACCAGCUGUUCCAGGUACCCCUCCAUAUGUGGAUGAGCAGUUCCUGUCUCGACUCUUUCUUUUCGUUGCCUUGGUUAUUAUGUUUUGGCUGCUGAUUGCGUGACUUGGCCUCCCAGUGGGUGACACAAAGGACUGGAUAUCGUUCAGAUUGUAAUCUUUGCCCUAAGUCCUCAUCUCAUCCUAUCUCUGCC